UAGUCGCUGCUCCGACUUCGCAGUUAAUAUUUAGUUACUUAACUUAAUUUUAGUCUGCGCGUCGGUGGAGACUUUAUCGCACCGUGGAAGAUAAGAACGUGUAUUGCUUUAAAGUUACAGUUUUGCAGGUUUAGCAAAUCCAGGUUAGGUUUGGCCUGGUUCAAAUGGAGGUCAGUAAGGUCUUCAACCUGGAGGAUGACAUGGUGGAUGGAGACCUUGGUGAUGGAGUGGGUGUCAGAGCAUCAUCCAGCUCCGCAAGUAAGAAGAACCAAAGUUUUGCUGCUCUCUCAGAGACCCUGCUGCCCCAAGCAGAGCUCCUCCGGCGCAGUAGCCAGGCAGGAGAGACAGCUUGGAUUGCUGGAAUGAAGACUGCAAAGACACAUCAGGGAUUCGACUGGAGGGUGCCACAUUGUGGCUCCCUUGAUGACAUGUCCAAAGCUGAGCUGACAUACAGACUACAGGAAGCAAGUGAGGUGAUAGAUGUCUUGUGCUGUGAGCUGGAGGUGGCACAUCGUUACCUGGAAGGCAAAUAUCAAGCUCUCAAGAUAUUACAGGGAAAGGCCAUUCUUGACAAAGCCACAAGUCACACUAAAAGUCUCCUGCAGAAAAGUGAUGAGAGGGCCAAGGCUCUGGAGAAGGAGGUUAACAGUCUGCAGUGGGAGCUUAGCUUCAGCCAGGUCCAAAUGAAGAAGUUUGAACAAUCCUGGGAGCAGAAAUACAAUGGAAUUUUGAGUGAGAACAAGGCUCUGACUGACAACCUCCAGGAAAGAGAGAAUGAGAUCCAGGAGCUCCGGGCAGAAAAUUCUGUGCUAAGUCGGCAGUGUUUGGAGCUUCUGUCGAUGUUGAAUGUGAGGGAGCAGAGAACUUAUCAAGAAACCAAACCUCAGGACAGCUUAUUGAGAGACGCAAGUGUUUUGGAGCUGGCAGUCUUGGGGGCCUGCCGGUGUCUUGGAGUUGUGGAAGCUUGUCCAUGCAGUCACACUGCUGCUACCAGCAGGAAGCAACUAAUUAAGCUGCAACAGGAGCUUGAUACUCAACGUUCAAGGAGAGAGGAGGCAUUGAUGGUUGCAGAUGCUUUUCGCAUCGCCUUCGAACAGCAGCUGAGGAAACGGAGUGACUGCUUCCUGCUUAUGGCUGAGACAAACAUCCAGAAAUCCCAACACUUAAAAGUUGCAGGUUUAAACAAUAGUCCUUUAAUAAGUGUAAGCCAGAGGUUGAGAGGACUGCUACCUUCCAGUUUGGAGUUGAAGACACCUGAUGGUCUUUUAGAGACUCUCUACAGACUGCUGGAAUUGCUGAAUGACAAGGAUGAGGCGUUGGCUCACCAGAGGAAGGUGAGCAUCAUGUUAGCCCACAGUGCAGAGGAACUGCAGAGACAGUUGCAACUAGAUUCACAUUGCCUGCCAUCAGAUCCAUCAGAGUCCUGCAUCUUGUCAAAGCGACCACAAGAUACAUCAGGGAAUCAUAACUGGUCUCAACAAACAACUGAUUUAUCAGAGUCAAAUGUCCAAGAAGAGCUAGAGCUAGCAGUUCCCCAGCUUCAGCCAGGAAAACCACAAGGCAAGUCUGUGACUGUUCCACAGGAGCCGUCAGCCCCAUUACAGACCAACAUCCCGCCCCUGUCUAACCACAAGAGCAAUGAUUCUAAAAAUGAAACGUCCAGACCAACCAGAGUCCUGAUCCACUCACAGGAUCCAUCCGAUGUCUUGCCUCAGCCACAGACACAGCAGUUAGGUUGGAAAAAGAAACAAGGAAGAUAUGGAUGUAGCCUGUGGGGCUCUAUCUGAAGGACUGGAAUGGAAGCCUAUGAUUUUCCCUGAUUGCUAACUGAUGUCCUUGAAAAACACUCAAAUGUGGUACUCUUGGGCUAUAGAGUUGAGAUGGGACAACAAAAGUGGCAAACCAAAAACUUUUCUGAGAACUUGUUAAACUAGCGGUUACUUAUGUAAAAUGAAGCAUUGUCCUGAAUCAGUUUGAAAAUCCAGUGAGUUUGUCUGGUCAUGUGUCACUUACUUGUGUAGGACUAUGACAGGUUCCUCCUUCUGUGUGAAGGAGAGAAAUGUCUAUCUGAUCCAUCGUAUGCUGGUUAUGCCUUACUGGACAAUGUGAGAGGAAUUAACAUUUCUGUUUUGUGUCUCACUUUUUGACAAACAGUUUGAAAAAAAACUUGAUGUGCAUGGUUAUAAGGAAACAGGGAAAUAGUGUGAUCAUGUUCAAAGGGGAAUUAGUAAAUGGAUGGGUUUAUAAAAUGUUUCACUAUUUUUUUUUACUAACUCUCCAACCUUUCAGCCUUGUAAUUUACACAUACAAUGUGGUUUCUCAUUAUCAACAGCUUAGUCCUUCAGUCUAACAUGUCCUCUUCUGUAAAAUACAGAAGUAUUGGAGUUUAAAUUAAACACUCUAAAUGUCCUCUGUAAUUAUUAAUGGACAUUUUUGUUACGAGACUAGUGCAGGUCCAUGUCAUAUAUUGUGAAAUGUAACAUCUAACUUUGCUUUUGUAAUCAAAAAAAGUAAUUGUACAAUGGUUAGCAUGAUGUGAAUCCUUCUAUUUAAUUUAAUUUAAUUUGCACUGCAAGACUGUCACCAUACUGUCCCCAUGAAAUAUGUUCCAUUUUUGAUCAUUUCAUGAAAUUUGUGAAUAUCAACCUUGUCCAUUUAUGCCUUCAUACUUAACCAAAUUCAGUUGAAGAGACUGGAUGCAGCUCUGGCCUAAUUACAAUUUCAGUCUGAAAUUUUUUUUCUUGACUUACACUCUCAUGUGUCAAAUUUCUUUUUGGUCUAAUAGUGGUACAGGUUAAAAGUUAGAACAUUUUGGUUAAAAUAUAAUCAUAAUGAUCUUUGUCAAAACAGUAUGAAGCAUGUCUGAGCCAACAGAAUAAUUUGGGAUAAGUGUGGGAGAAUGAUGAUGUGAAUGUAGUUACACCUACAGCUUAUUUGUUAUAAAGGACUGUGUAUCUAUGUAUGUGUACCUCAGAAUUUUUUUGUAGGUGAGAUGCUGUUGUUAAGGGCAAAAUAAAGAGGUUGUUCUGAA